AUGAGUUCAAAUAACCCCAAAUCCGAGAUGGACGUCGAGUCAGAUGAUCAGCUCAAGGAUGAUUCGGACCCGAUGGGACGCUCAGGGCGGAUUACCUUUGAAGAAGCUUCCUCGGCGGAGGGGUUUCGGUCGAUAUACCAGCCAACCCAUCUCUCCCGCACUCGCUCGGUCAGCCGCGAUACAAUCCGCAGUAGCCACAGCAGUGUGCAAGGUGCUGCCACGCUACCCAUCGAAUUCCGAACUCUUUCCAUCCACGUCUCAGAGUCCCAGGCCGCACCCAAAGAAGACAUAAGCGACCCCGCAAAAGAGAAACACCCACAACAGGACUAUUUUGAGAACUUGGACUUCCAUAUCGUCUCUCCUGAGAGACUGUGUCAAGAAUUCAAUGUCGACCAGCGUACUGGACUCAGCUCUGACUCUGCUGCCACUCGUUUGCAGAGAGAUGGAAAAAACGUCAUUGCCCAUCACAGAGAAAACUAUCUGAAAAAGAUAUUCUUCUAUGUCUUCGGUGGCUUCUGUUCUGUACUUUGGGUUGGAGUUGUUAUCUUCUUCAUCUGUUGGAAGCCGCUCAGUAACCCACCUUCCCCUCAGAACCUUGCCAUGGCUGUCCUGAUUCUCAUCGUCAUUGCCCUGCAGGCGAGCUUCUCAGCCUUUCAAGAUUGGUCCACAAAGCGCGUGAUGAAUUCCAUUCUGGAUCUCCUCCCUGCAGAGGCGAUGGUGCUGCGCGAUGAAAAGCUGAUCCAAAUACCUGCUACUGAUCUCGUCGCUGGAGACAUUGUCCAUAUUGGAAUUGGAAACAAGGUCCCAGCCGACAUGCGUAUCCUCCAGAGCUCUGGUGAUGUUCGUUUUGACCGGGCAAUCUUGACUGGCGAGUCGGACGAGGUUGAAGGUGCAAUCGAGUGCACCGAGAUCAACUUCCUAGAGACUCGCAACAUUGCUCUCAUGGGAACGGGCGUGACAAAUGGCAAUGCCAUUGGUGUUGUCGUUCUGACAGGAUCUCGCUCUGUGAUGGGUCGCAUUGCUUCAGUGACGGCUGGCGUGAAGCAAAAGACAACAUUGAUUCAACGGGAGAUCAAUCGCUUUGUCACUAUCAUUGUCGUCCUCACUGUCUGUCUGGCCUUGCUCAUUCUUUUCACUUGGCUGGGCUGGCUUCAUAAGGACCAUCCUUCCUACAUGAGUGUUGUUGCCAUGUUGAACAAUGUCAUGGGGUGUGUUGUUGCCUUUAUUCCUGAAGGUGUUCCAGUCGCUGUUGCGCUAACCCUCAUGAUGAUCGCCAAACGCAUGAAAAAGACCAAUAUCUUGCCUAAGGGUCUGGCAACCGUUGAGACUCUGGGCUGUGUGAAUGUGCUUUGUUCCGACAAGACUGGUACUCUCACUCAGAAUCGCAUGUUCGUCAAGUCUCUUGGCAUGGUCGACUGGGAAUACAACCUUGACGACCUUGCUCCUGGUGAAUUUGGUACAGUUGAGCUCCCUGAUGGACUGCGUGAUAUGAUCCGCGCAUCGGUACUAUGCAAUGAUGCCGUCUUCGAUCCCACUACCAUGAACAAGCCUCUUCACGAACGGGCUGUCCACGGCAAUGCAACUGAUGCUGCUGUUUUGCGAUUCGGUGACAGUGUGGGAUUGACAUCACCUAGCUCACUGACUGGAUAUGACCGUGUGCAUCAGGUUCCCUUCAACUCAAAAAAUAAGUGGAUGCUCACCAUGCACCGUGAGCCCGGCCAAACCCAGGAGUACAAUCUCUAUGUCAAAGGAGCUCCAGACGUGCUUCUAGACCGUUGCUCGACCUACUGGUCAGCAGUUCACAAUGGUAUCCGUCCACUUGAUUCCGAAGCUCGCGAACGGUUCUCAAACUUCCAGGCGAAGCUGUCCCGCCGCGCAGAGCGGGUGAUUGUUAUCUGCAAACGCCGGUAUGCACCGCGAUCAGCUCCAGGUUCCAACGAAUUUAGUGAUGAAAUCGUGGAAUCUGGUGUGCAGGACCUCACUGUUCUCGGUAUCUUUGGAAUUGUUGAUCCACCACGCGAGGAGACAGCCCAGACUGUUGCUGCUUGUCGCAGAGCUGGUAUCCGUUUCUUCAUGGUGACUGGUGACUUUGGAUUAACUGCAGCUGCUAUUGCCCACGAGAUUGGGAUUUACAAUGGAUCAGCGGAGCCAGAUACAGUUGAAGACCUCAUGGAUGGCCUUGAUCCUACAAUGGAGACCAAAGUUCCAAAGUCCCGGCAUAGCCUUCUCCUGGAAGGUCCCAGCUUGUCAUCUUUGACCUCGGAGAAUUGGGAAACGGUAUGUGGCUAUGAUGAGAUUGUGUUCGCCCGCACUACCCCGGAGCAGAAGCUCCGCAUUGUGAAGGAGCUUCAGGCUCGUGGCAAUGUUGUAGCUGUGACAGGUGACGGUGUCAAUGAUGCCCCAGCAUUGCGCCAAGCAGACGUUGGCAUCGCAGUUGGAUCUGGCAGUGAUGUGGCAAUCGAAGCAGCCGAUUUGGUCCUCCUGGAACGGUUCGACUCUAUCAUCGAAGCAAUCCGUCUAGGACGCCUGGUCUUCCAGAACUUACAAAAAGUCAUUGCCUAUCUCCUUCCAGCAGGCAGCUGGUCUGAGAUCUGGCCUGUGCUAAUGAAUGUCUUCUUCGGCUGUCCAGCACCUCUCAGCACAUUCCUGAUGAUCAUCGUCUGCGUCUUCACAGACCUAUUCCUCUCUCUAUCCCUCAUAAUGGAAAAAGAAGAAUUUGACCUCCUAAGCCUCCCCCCACGCCGUCCAACAAAAGACCACCUCAUCAACCUCCGCAUCUACGGCCAGUCAUACCUAUUCGUCGGCGUCAUGGAAGCAUUCAGCGCCCACGCAAUGUUCUUCCUAUACAUGUGGCGCCACGCAGGAAUCCCCUUCUCAGACCUCAUCUUCGCCUUCGAAGGUUACACCGAUGGCUUCCACGGCUACACAGCAGACCAGUUGAACCACUUCACCAGCGUAGGCCAGUGUGUCUACUUCGUCACCCUGGUCAUCAUGCAAUGGGGCAAUGUUCUAUCCGUCCGCAGUAAACGCAUGUCCAUCCUCCAAGCUGAUCCCAUUCGGCCUGCUCGUCGGAACCCAUGGCUGCCUCUUGCCAUCCUCAUCUCCCUUGUCAUCGCUAUCUUUGUCACGGAAGUCCCGGGCAUUCAAAAUAUCUUCAGCACGGCUUCGGUUCCUAUUGAAUUCUGGCUCAUUCCACUUGGUCUUGCUAUGGGUGUGCUUUGCAUGGAUGAGCUGCGCAAGGCCUUGGUAAGGCUUUUCCCUAAGGGUCCUGCUGCUUGGGCUGCGUGGUGA